CUGACGGAGUUGUCAGUUGACUUUUUCCACUUCUGAAAGAAAACAAUCGACCCCUGUGAAAAUAAUCGUGUUUUCCGCAAAAUGAUUCAUUUAACCGGGCAAAAUUACGGCUCACGUGAAAUAAUUCAGAAUGUAUUCUCGCCAAUGGUCGCUGUUAUGUCCAGUCCGCAGGCAGACGAAAUGUGCUACCGAAACAACUUGUCCUUUGUGGAGAUGCUGCAGCCGUUCUGCAAGCUUUCGAAUGAUGCUCAUUUCAGAGACACCACAGGCACCAGCGUAUCGGUAAAAGGACUUCGUUUGAAUAUAUGUGAUGUAAAUUGGAGACCCCCACAGACAGUACUAGCAAGGAAAAUGCUGAACGAAGCAGUUUCAAAUGGUUUCUGUGAUAAACAAAAAGUCAUUAACAUUGGUGGAACACUAGAUAUAGAGGUCCCUUUUAAUGAACCGUGGUUUGAAAAUUGGCGUGAAACGUUUCUAACAGUUCAGUUUCCUUCAGAUCACGAAUUCACUAGACAUUUCCUUAGUUGUCUAAUUGUCUUGGCGACUUCUGAUCCCAACAUACUAGACACAGCAAAUCAAUUGACUAAAAAGGUCCAAAUGUUGCAAACAGUUACACCGCAAAAGCUUCCCAAAUGGUUCUCGAAUGAAGUCCUUAAUACUUACGUGUUACUGCAUGAUGGCUCCUUAAGUGACAUCUCGACUGCACAGCAAAGUUUUGAGUUGUUGAAGUCGACAUUCGGUGAAAACAAAUGUUUCCUAGUUCAAAUAAAUUCAGUCAGUGGGAAUCCAACAGAAUGCCCUGAUCCGUGGAUUAGAUAUAUAAAACGACAACCGAAAUCAGAGCCGCAGUCAGAUCAAGGAAGUACACCGAAAACACCACAGGAUAUGUCUGGAGUUACUUCCAUGCCUGCUGUUCAGAUGAGUAUUCUGGAAGCAUCUCAGGCUGAGGCGGAAUCCUUUGUACAUCCACUAAGCCCCGUGCAGGAACAAGCAACUGAAGCAAUUCAUUCGAAAUAUUCCACAAGCAGUGAGAGUAUCAACUCACAACAUUUGAACCCUAAUGUUUGGGCAUCAGAAAUCGAUGUCGACGCACCGCAUGGGAUGUUCCUAACUUCCACCGAUGUUGAAAACUUGAGGCAUUUUGUUCAGGAUUAUACAGUGCGGGCCUUAAUCCCCUUCGUUGAAAAGUUGGUGGGCAAUCUCAAUGACAUGAUCACUAAUAAAAAGGGAGUGAGUAAAUCUCUAUUAAGUGCAACAAAACGGUGGUUCGUAACGAACAAACCAGGAGCCGGAACAAGCAUGCAAAAUGCCGUGAUAUAUACAGCCGAAUCUGCAGAGCUGCAAACUCGAAAACUCGGAGACUUAUAUUUCAUGUUUGGACACUACAACUUAGCAUUUCAAGCAUAUCAUCAAGCCAAGCGCGAUUUUAACGCAGACUCAGCUUGGCAAUACUAUGCGGGUGCUUUGGAGAUGGCUGCAUUAGCUGCAUUUAUGAUGGGAACAGCGAAUAGGAAAACAUACGAUUAUAUGGAAGAUGCAAUUGUUUGCUACCUAACUGUUUGCAAAUUGCCCCAAUUUGCAACUCGUGCGACGCUUCUAAGCAUCGAGUGCUUGAAACCCGUUAAGCUAUAUGGGGAAGCAGCGAAGCAACUCAUUCGAAUGACAAGCGAGGACUCUGAUCUCCGAUCGGCUUUGCUACUAGAACAAGCUGCUUAUUGCUUCCUUCUAUCUCAGCCGUCAAUGCAUCGCAAAUAUGCUUUCCAUAUAGUUCUCUCCGGCAAUCGAUAUUCGCGUGCCGGCCAGCGAAAGCACGCGUUCCGGUGCUACCAACAAGCUUACCAAGUAUUCUACGAACGAGGUUGGAGUCUUGCUGAAGACCACAUUCAAUACACGAUCGGCAAACAAGCUGUUACACUGAAGAAAUUAGACGUGGCCAGUAAUGCGCUAGCGCAUUUGCUGCGUCCCACAAGUUUACAAAAUACAGUGCAGCAGGCAGCAUUUUUAAGGGAGUAUAUCGCAACUCAAAAAGAACUCAUAAAACGGAAUCCGGAUAUCGGACUUUUGGAUAUUUCGUUACCCAAAGUUGUACAGAAAUCCAUAAGAGUGCUUGUUACCUCCCAUCCUCCUUUGGCAAACCCACAUUUUGUACCGGCUACCAACAUCAAUGUGAAUUCAAACUUGAAGGACGAAUUUAAAUGGCAAAAACUGGAAGAAAUGGUUGUGCAAGCAGCUUCUUCGAAACCUAUUGUUUUCAAACCUUCGAGAUGUUUGUUUACAUCAGAAAAUCCAACAACAGAUAAUCCACUGUGCAUCCAUGGGGAACCAGUUGAAAUCAGCGUAACUGUUGCAAAUACUAUUAAACCCAGCAUAACUUUUAGCGACAUAAACAUUGUCUGGGAAUUCAACACAGAUGACGGAGGUGUAAUCUCAAAUAAAAUUCUAUUUGAAAAGGAAUGCACAGAAAAGGAGAAAGAAGAUAUAAGCUCCGCCAUUAUUGCCAAUGCUAUCCAAGAGAUCCACCUAAACGAGCAUGAAGAACGAACCAUACAUUUCAAGCUAACUCCAAAGUUGAUUGGAAAACUGAAAAUUAUCGGAAUAGUGGGGAGAACAUCGGCAACAAACGAACCUGGAAGCUUAUUAGGAUGUCUGCGGUUUGAAGCGCAGUUGAUCAAAUCAACGGAGAAGGCAUACGCUGCAGAUCGGUCGAUUCAAUUUGAUAAUAAGUUAAACAUAGAAAUAUUGCCACCCGCGCCGUCGCUACAUGUUAGCUUUUCUCAAGUCCCUACUGACGUUCUCAUUGGAGAAAUUAUUCCGGUAACUCUGUCCCUGCGAAAUGCAGGCAAUGCUUUUAUUGAUAGUAUUUUCCUCGGCUGUGAUAAUCCACGUUACAUGACUAUCUCAAAUGGUGGUGCUGAGUUACCUCUAUCAAUAUUGAGAGAUUUCAAAGACUUAACCAAUGAAAACCUUAGUAAAGACAAAGAAACUCGCAAGCAGCAUGUCUACAAGGUAAAAGGCGAUAAUGAAAGUCCGUUGAAACCACAGGGAACGAUUUCUGUUCCGAUUUGGAUACAGGCGCCGUAUUCAAAGGGCAAGUUUAGCUUACGGGUUCUUAUUUACUACGGAACCCCUGCUGGAUAUCCAAAAAUAAGGCACAGACUUGUUCGACAUGAGUGGGAUUUCAACGUUCACGAUAGCUUGCAGGUUGCUGCAAAUUGUAUCAUCAGCAACGUAGUAACCAAUGAGCUGGCAGUUGAAAUUGACUUGAAAAAUUUGAACCAAGUGCAUCAUCCAUUCAUGACUGAAAUCGCAUUAAGUUCCAUUCACCUUUACUGUCCGAAAUACAAACUGGCACCGCAAAAACUUAUCUAUAUAAACGAAAUGGAAGUGACUUCAAGCGCCUUUGGAGACAAGACAAUGAAAUCCACAAAAUCCAUGGGAUUACGUUGCGGUUUAGUUGAGUCAGCAGCAGAAAACGCUAGCAAUCCUCUCCAAUACAUCACCAGCCGAAUAUCUUCCAUAGAAACCGGGUCAAAACCUACUCCAGAAAAGCUUCCACCCCCAGGCAGGAUGUACAGUUUUCUUCUAAAGAAUGAAACGAAAUACCUUACACCUUCUACCACCAACGAGGAAUUUAACAAUAUCGUGUCAACAGUGGAUCCUCAUAUGACAAUGAUCAUUACGUGGAAAGCUUCAAUAUCGGACCCAACUUCAGCUAGUCGGAUAUCGUUCGGUCAACACUUUGUUCAGCUCAGAAAUCUUUAUGAACAAGUUCUGUGCCCGGAGACGGCAGAUUAUCGAAUUAAGACAUAUUUAGGAGAUCAUCAAAAUUACUAUAAAAUAUAUGAAUAUCAGGGAUCGCUUUCGAACGAGAUUGACGACGAUGACGAUCAAUGGGAAUUCAAUAAUAAUUUUGUGGGAAAACGAUGUCUUCUGGAAGAUGAAACAUUUCAUGGUGGGAAGGUUGUAGCAGAGGGAAGCAAAGCGUACUAGAUGUGAUAGGUUUUAUGUUUUUGUAAGAUUAAAUAAACGUUAGAAUAAAUGUUGUCGUUCGUGAAACUAAUUGAAAAUAAUAGUGUUUUUAAA